AAUAUCUAUCAAUUAUAUGAUUGAUAAAGUGUUUAUAUUGUAUUACGAUAAAAGUAUUUAUUGUAAAAAGUUUAUAUUGUACUUAUAAUUUAUAAAAAUAUUUAUAAAAAAUUAAUAUAUAUAAUUUAAAAUAUCUGAAUCUAUGGAUACUUCUGAAUCUAUGGAAUCUUCUAAAUACAAUACUUUUAUGCAAACUGAUGUAUCUGCCCAAUCAAAUACUAAAGAAAAAAAACCGACAUGUAUUAUUAUUCUUGGAAUGGCUGGAUCUGGCAAAACUACAUUUGUACAAAGAUUUGUUUCGGUAUUAUACAAAUUAAGAAAACCAUAUGUAAUAAAUUUGGAUCCUGCAUGUAAAGAAGUUCCUUAUCCAGCAAACAUAGAUAUAAGAGAUACUGUGAAUUACAAGGAAGUAAUGAAACAAUAUAGUUUAGGACCUAAUGGUGGUAUUGUUACUGCAUUAAAUCUUUUUUCUACAAAAUUUGAUCAAGUCAUAGAACUUAUUGAUAAAGCAGGUAAAGAGCAUGAAUAUGUAAUUUUGGAUACACCUGGACAAAUAGAAGUUUUUACAUGGUCAGCAAGUGGAACAAUUAUAACAGAAGCUUUAGCAUCUCAAUUUCCAACAAUUAUAGUAUAUAUAUUAGAUACUGUAAGAAGUGUUAAUCCUGUAACAUUCAUGUCUAACAUGCUUUAUGCAUGUUCUAUACUUUAUAAGACUAAAUUACCAUUUAUUGUGGCUAUGAAUAAGAUUGAUAUAGUUGAACAUAGUUAUGCAGUAGACUGGAUGCAGGAUUUUGAAGCAUUCCAAGAAGCUCUAGAUUCAGAAACAAGUUAUAUUAGUAACUUAACACGUAGUAUGGCUCUUGCACUUGAUGAAUUCUAUAGUCACUUACGUAGUUGUGGAGUUUCUGCUGCAACAGGAGCUGGUAUUACUAAGUUUCUUGAACUUAUUAAAGAUGCUGAAGAAGAAUAUGAAAGAGAAUAUAAAAAAAUUUGGGAAAAAAUGAAGAUUAAACGAGACGCACAACGACAAAAAACAGAAAAAGAACAACUUGAAAAAGCAAGUCAAGAAGUUUCAGGAGAAAGUAUAUCAUUAAUAACAACAAUCAAUAGUGGAAGAGAAAUUUCAGAUAUAUAUUUAAAACAUGCUGGUAAUGAAUCAAGUGAAGAUGAAGAAGGUACAGAAAAUCCAUUUAAAGAUGAAGAAGAUGAUGAAGAAGAAAGAAAAGAAGCUGAAUCCUUCAAAAAUUUUUUAAACAGACACAAAAUACAACAAAAUAAACAUAUAGUUAAUCAAUCCACAAGUAAUAAUACAUAAUAU